GAACCGAGUUCAGAAGCAGAGUUUGAGAGACAGUGGAUGUUUGUGGCGCUUCGAGGGAUUUUUUGUUUUGCUUAAAUUCCGAUUAAAUAAAAAUUAACAAAUGAAGGAAAGAAGGUCGUGCCAGAAAUCGUUCUGUCAGGCAGGAAUGGACGCGAGUCAGAACGUGAAGUGUAAAAUAGUAGUGGUGGGAGACAGUCAGUGUGGAAAGACUGCUUUACUUCAUGUGUUUGCUAAGGACUGUUUCCCUGAGAACUAUGUUCCCACCGUGUUUGAGAAUUACACAGCGAGUUUUGAGAUUGACACUCAGAGGAUUGAGCUCAGCCUGUGGGACACCUCAGGUUCACCGUACUACGAUAACGUGAGGCCGCUGUCAUACCCCGACUCGGAUGCAGUCAUCAUCUGCUUCGACAUCAGCCGCCCGGAGACGCUGGACAGUGUCCUUAAAAAGUGGAAAGGAGAGAUCCAGGAGUUCUGCCCCAACACGAAGAUGCUGCUUGUGGGCUGCAAGUCGGACCUGAGAACGGACCUCAGCACCUUAGUGGAGCUGUCCAAUCACAGACAGAUGCCAGUGUCCUACGAUCAGGGUUCCUCCAUGGCUAAACAGAUCUCUGCUCCGUACAUCGAGUGUUCGGCGCUGCAGUCGGAGAACAGCGUGCGGGACAUUUUCCACGUGGCCACACUCGCAUGCGUCAACAAGAGCAACAAAACCGUCAAGCGCAACAAAUCCACGCGCUCGGCCAAGCGCGUCUCACACAUGCCCGGCAGGCCCGAUCUGGCCGCCGUGGCGACGGACUUCCGCAAGGACAAAGCCAAAAGCUGCACGGUCAUGUGAUCUUGUCUUGUGAGCAAGGCAUUCUGGGACACGCGGGCGGAGAAAACAUCGGGAGAACGGGGAUGACUAUACGAGCGAGAGAAUUAAAAAAAAGUGUAAAAGGAGCGCGGUGAGACGGAAACUCUUUCCUCGCAACGCCGUAUGCAACCGUUCCACUUCCUGUAACCUGACAGCAAGAGGAAAGCGUCCUGAAGCCAUACCUCACCCCCUUCCCCCAUAACUCACCACGUCCCCUCAGAGGAAGCGCGCUCCCUCAAAGCCAACAAGAGGCCAUGCUUUUUCUGGAUCCUAAACAGAAACGCGCUUCCUGACGGGAAGUGAAACAGAACUUGUAGCUUCAGCAGAAAAUGAGGAUGAAAUGACAGCUUUUCUUUACAUUGUUUUAUUUGACUUAAAUGAAAGGCCACGUUGAGGAGAGAGAGAGAGAGAGAGAGAGAGAGAGGGGAACAAGUGUGUUUGAGGAAGGUAGCUAAAAAUGGAGCAGAAGAAUCACUGUGCUUUUGAUUUGCUUCUCUUUUUGCAUGGCUGCUUAUUCAGAUGCUUUUAUUGCUGAGCUCAGCUAGAAUUCUUCAGCACGUGCGGUCACUAUGGAUACUCCACUUCUUCGGUUUAUCAAAAACAGAUCACAUUUUCUAUUUCACGUCCAGUUCACGUGGCGUUGGACAGCUGCCCAGUGAGUGAUGUUUGAGUUGAGUAUUUUAAAUGACUGAUAAAAUUCCUAAGAGCAGUCUCAUGGUUCUCACUCUGAACUUCAGACCAGUAGCCACUUUGUAGGUGGAGUGAUGUUUAGCGCUGGUUUAUUGAAUGGGUCUCCGGUGCAGCAGUAAGUUUUCAGAACAGAGUUGUUUGUGCUUUUGGCGAUUUCCCUGUGGGUUUUUCUUGAGAAGGGACCGGUGAAGGAACGACUGUACAGCAGUUAGAAUGAACGUGGCGACCGGAAGUGUUUAAAUGUUAACCAUAAACGGAUCAAAGCUAUGAUGAGGCUGUUAGAUCACUUCAAAGGGUUGUUUAAAAGAAACUACAUGCGGAUAUUAGAAAAUAAUCAAGUUAUUGAUCAUUUCCUGUAAUAGCACAACAUUUCUUUUAUUGCUUUUAACAGAAAGUUUACCAAACACUUAUUUGGUUUACUGGCUUACCCAUAAUACACCUUGGUGGAUCAUUGUUUAUUAAAUAUGGCUUAAAUGAUUACUUGCAUGAAACCAAGCCGAUGAACUUUCUCUGGGUUUAGUCAGAUUUGGCGUUACACUAUGCAGAUCAUCCACUAGUGGCGAUGGAGGUGAGAGAUGAAGGGUCUAAAAGGCAUGAGCUUCUCUCUGGGAGCUACAGAAAGAGAGUAAGUGCACACCCAGUCAAAACCCGAUCGUUUGAUUUAUUAUAAUUAUUUUUUUUUUGACCAGUUGCAGGUCAGUAGUUGCACUUUGAGUCAAACCUUUUCUACAAAUACAUUUCCAUUAAUUUAAAACCUUCCAUUACUUUCAUGUCCUUUCACAUACAGUAUUAAUGUCUGACCUUUUUAUUUUGUAUUUUUUGUGCUCUAAAACUAAGCUUUUUGUGUUAAUAUUUAUUGAAAUGUUUAAAAUGUAAAAAAAACCAAACCGAAUUAAAAGCAUUUUGAUAGAAAAUGAUGACUGCUUU